AUGCAUAUCCCACACCGUUCACGCCGCGCUCACGGAGCGGAGCGUGCGCACGAGGCUAAAUUCUUUAUCUUUGAGAUCAAAGCAAACAUCCGUCUUGCCGCUGUGUUGUGA